UAAAAGAAAAAGAAAAUCAACAUGGGUGACAGGCAACCUAGCUCGUCAACUAACCAUGAAAAUGGAUUUUGUGUUAUGUUCGUGGAGCUACCAAAAUAUGCGAACAUUACAUUGCAUCACAUAGCUUCUCUCUCUCUCUCUCUCUCUCUCUCUCUCUCUCAGAGCAUCUUUGCUCCGUCCUUUCCUUACCUUGAUUCGUACGCUUACUUUCUCUCCUCCUCCUUUUUCUUCAUCUUCUCCUCUCAGGUCUUAACAGAUCUCUCUGUUGUCUCCUUUACUGUCUAUCUGCGAAACCCAAAUCAAACACCAACCAAUCAGAUGGCAAUGCAGGAAACUUCUUCUGUUCCUGCUCCUAGUGCUGAAGUUGUUGGCAAUGCCUUUGUGGAGCAGUAUUACCAUAUUUUACACCAAUCCCCUGGAUUGGUUCAUAAAUUUUAUCAGGAUUCAAGUUUGCUAAGCCGGCCAGAUGCUGAUGGCACUAUGACAACAGUGACUACCAUGCAAGCAAUCAAUGACAAGAUUCUCUCAUUGAAUUAUGAAGACUACACAGCUGAGAUAAAAAAUGCAGAUGCACAGGAGUCUUAUGAGAAAGGGGUGAUGGUUCUUGUUACUGGUUACUUAACUGGAAAGGACAAUUUGAAGAAGAAAUUCUCUCAAACAUUUUUCCUUGCUCCACAAGACAAAGGCUACUUCGUGUUGAAUGAUGUAUUUAGGUUUGUUGGGGAGAAUGAAUCAUUUCCAAAGGAUUCUUUCUUGAUUAAUGAUGUCAAUGAAAAUGCUGUGCCUAUAACCUUAACAACACAACCAGGUUGGGGUGAUAUUUUAGAAGAAGAUUCCACUCAGGAUGCUGAUCAUCUUACAGCGGAUCUUGCUAUUUCCUUUGAGGAGGAAAAUCUUAAUCAUGGUGCAGAAGUUUGUGAUCCUUCUGAUAAGGAGGAAGGAUCAGUGAUUGAAGAAGAGGUUGUUGAACACCAAGCUGGUUCUACCCGCAAUGAAACUCUCACAAGUGUUGAUGCAGCUCCUGUAGCCCUGGAAGAUGCUCCAAUUCCAAAGAAAUCAUAUGCUUCAAUUGUGAAAGUAAUGAAAGGUAUAAUGCCUGGUUCAGUGUCUGCUGCCACUAGAUCAAAGGUGGCUCCUGCCAACUCUGAAAAACAUUCGCUUAAUUCUGUAAAACCUGCUUAUGCCCCAGAGGCUGCUGCUCCUACUAGUGGUGGUGUUCCUGAAAGUAGUGAUAUUCAUGAAGAAGCUGAAGGUCAUUCCAUAUAUGUACGAAAUUUACCUUUUAAUGCCACAGCUGCACAACUUGAUGGAGUGUUUAAAAAAUUUGGGCCAAUUAAGCAUGAAGGCAUCCAAGUCAGAAGUAAUAAGCAAGGAUUCUGUUUCGGCUUUGUUGAAUUCGAAACAUGGGGUUCCGUGCAAAGUGCACUUGAGGCGUCACCUAUCAAUAUUGGGGAUCAUGAAGCUAUUGUUGAGGAAAAGAAAACCAACACCCGAGUUGGUAGCAGUGGGAGAGGGAGGUAUUCCUCCGGAAGAGGUGGGUAUAGGAGUGACAGUUUCAAGAAUCGUGGGAACUUUGGUAGUGGCCGGGGUUAUAUCAGGAAUGAAUUCAGAAACCAGGGCGAGUUUUCAGGGCGAGCCAAGGGUUCAGCUGGGCACAAUGGUGAGGAUUACCAGCGGGCUAAUCAGAAUGGAAGCAGAAGAGGAGGGCGUCAGGGUGGGGUGAAAGGUAGUUCUGUUUCUACUUGAACAUAGGGCAAUGAAAGUGGAUAGAUGAUUUUUGACAGUACAAAUGAGGGGUGUCAAGGCACUAGAAGUUCAGGUUUUCUAUUUUUAUAUUUGGGACUCUCCAGAAGAAUAUUAUUGUGAAUCCUUGUUCUUUUGUUUUCCCCCCUUGGGGCAUUUCAUAAAAGCUUACAUAGCAUGGAAGUGUAUUUUGGUGCACUCAUGUAAUCCUUCAUGGAAAGCUUAUAUAAGUUUGUAAA